GCCGCGCUCGCCCGCCCGUCCCCGGCCGCAGCACUGACGUGUCCCUCGGCCCGAGCCGCGCGCGGCCCCUCGGCAGCCCCGCAGCCGCCGCCAUGGCCAUCAAAUUCCUGGAGGUGAUCAAGCCCUUCUGUGUCAUCCUGCCGGAAAUCCAGAAGCCCGAGAGGAAGAUCCAGUUUAAGGAGAAGGUGCUAUGGACCGCCAUCACCCUCUUCAUCUUCUUAGUGUGCUGCCAGAUCCCGCUCUUCGGCAUCAUGUCUUCCGACUCGGCCGACCCCUUCUACUGGAUCCGUGUCAUUCUCGCCUCCAACAGAGGCACGCUGAUGGAGCUGGGCAUCUCGCCCAUCGUCACGUCCGGCCUCAUCAUGCAGCUCUUGGCCGGCGCCAAAAUCAUUGAAGUCGGUGACACCCCCAAGGACAGAGCCCUGUUCAACGGAGCCCAAAAGUUGUUUGGCAUGAUCAUCACCAUCGGCCAGUCCAUCGUCUACGUCAUGACCGGGAUGUACGGGGACCCCUCGGAAAUGGGGGCUGGGAUCUGCCUGCUGAUCACCAUCCAGCUCUUUGUGGCCGGGUUGAUUGUCCUGCUCUUGGAUGAACUUCUGCAAAAAGGUUAUGGCCUGGGCUCCGGCAUCUCCCUCUUCAUUGCCACGAAUAUUUGUGAGACCAUCGUGUGGAAAGCAUUUAGCCCCACCACCGUCAACACCGGCCGAGGAAUGGAGUUUGAAGGCGCCAUCAUCGCCCUGUUCCACCUCCUGGCCACGCGCACCGACAAGGUCCGGGCCCUGCGCGAGGCCUUCUACCGCCAGAAUCUGCCCAACCUCAUGAACCUCAUCGCCACCAUCUUCGUCUUCGCUGUGGUCAUCUACUUCCAGGGCUUCCGCGUGGACCUGCCCAUCAAGUCUGCCCGCUACCGAGGCCAGUACAACACGUACCCCAUCAAGCUCUUCUACACCUCCAACAUCCCCAUCAUCCUGCAGUCCGCCCUGGUCUCCAACCUCUACGUCAUCUCCCAGAUGCUCUCGGCCCGCUUCAGCGGCAACCUGCUGGUCAGCCUGCUGGGCACCUGGUCUGACACAUCCUCCGGGGGCCCCGCGCGGGCUUACCCAGUAGGGGGCCUCUGCUACUACCUGUCGCCCCCUGAGUCCUUUGGCUCGGUGCUGGAGGACCCCGUGCACGCGGUCGUCUACAUCGUGUUCAUGCUGGGCUCCUGCGCCUUCUUCUCCAAAACCUGGAUCGAGGUCUCCGGCUCCUCUGCCAAAGACGUGGCCAAGCAGCUGAAGGAGCAGCAGAUGGUGAUGCGCGGCCACCGGGAGACGUCCAUGGUCCACGAGCUCAAUAGGUACAUCCCCACGGCGGCGGCCUUCGGUGGGCUGUGCAUCGGAGCCCUGUCUGUCCUGGCCGACUUCCUGGGCGCCAUCGGCUCGGGGACAGGGAUCCUGCUCGCCGUCACCAUCAUCUACCAGUACUUCGAGAUCUUCGUCAAGGAGCAGAGCGAGGUGGGCAGCAUGGGGGCGCUUCUGUUCUGAGCGCCGCCCCCGGGCCCGGCGCCCGCACAGGAGCUCGGGGUGGCCGCGGCCUGGACGCCCUGGCCCAGGGGCACCGCUGCGGCUUGUGGACUUGGCGAAUAUUUUUUUUUUUUCUGAAUUUCAUAGUCUUUCAUUCCAUGUUGUAAAGUGCUAGAGAUUUUCCGGUUUGCAGUUUUUGCUUUUUUUUUUCCCCUGGCACUGGCGGAAGGACUGCAGGCGAGGGGGCCAGUGCCAGGGCUGGGGGUGGCACUCGCCCUCCCCCGGUGUUCGUGUGACUUCGGUUCCCGCCCUGCCCCCUUCUCGGCACCGCGGGCUCGGCUCUCCCACCGAGGGGGUCUCGCCGCUCAGAAGCACAAAUCCUGGCCCAGGCUCUGUUCGGUGGCAGGGGUUGCCCGAGGCUGGGCAGCCACGUUUGCUGGGGACUGGAAGUGACACAUGUCUUGGUCAUCACCCGGGGACUGUCUGGCUCAUAACUGUUCUUUGGGAAGACACCAUGAUUUUAAGGGCAGCUGCUUCCCCGAACAAGGGCUAGCUUGGAGCAGUGACGUAGCGGGGAAGGCACUUGCUUUGCAUGCAGCCAACCCGGGAUCAGUCCCAGGACCCUGUAGGGCCCCCUGAGCACUACCAGGAAGUGACUCCUGCAUGGUCCAGGUGUGGUCCCAAACAAACAUCAGGAGAUGCUUCCCGGGAGCUUCGCGCACACAGGGCCUCUGCUCCGUUUCCCCAUGGCCUGCGUGGAGCGAGGCUGGGAAUUCUCGGCCCCCUCGGGUUAUCCCCAGCGGUGCCCCGGAGCCUUUGUGGGGGUCCAGGAGUGGUACCUGCCCACCCAGCUCUCCCAGUCAUCAGUGGACCUGGCCCCAGGAAGGGAAGGUGACCCCAUGGCGGCCACCCCCAUUUCUCUGCUGGGCCGCUACCACCUUCAACUUCCACUCAUGUUUCUAGACUCUUGUCUCACGCGUAGGACCAAACACUGGCGAACCCUGGCACCGCCCAGAGGCCCAGCCCGGGCCGCUGACACCCACGGGUCAGGAGUUGGUUCUGAUGCAAUAAGCGGUCGCUAGAUCUUAGGGCUUCACACUUCUUCCAUGGCCUCCGCGAGGCCCCUCAGGGGACAGCACCUGCAGGGCAGGCGACCGCCACACGCAGGGGGCGCUCGGCCUCCGGAGCACAGAGCCAGGGUCCCCGCCCCCCUUCCUCCGAGGGGCUGGACACUGCCCCCAAAGCCACGGCCAGUCAGCAGCGGCUCCCGCCAGCCGACACCAUGUCACACGCGGCCUUGUCAGACCCAGUCCCGAGCAGACCCGAGCUCCCCACCUGCCCAGCCCCCGUGUCCAGUGGGUAGCCGGCCAGCGGCCCAGGACUCAGUGCAGGGACCCCAGCCGGGAGCCCCAGCCUGCCCACAGCCGCAGCCCCCGGUGGAACCUGGGCCCCUCGGGUUCCAGGACUUGUGCUUGCCGUGGUCAGGGGCUGACCCCAACUCGGGACUGUCACUGUGGACGCCAAAAUGGCAUAACUGAGAUAAGGUGAAUGAGUGACAAUAAAGGCGACUUUUUCCAA